AUGGGUGAUGUUGGUGAGAGCUCUAGCUCCAAUCCAGCGGAGCAGGUUGAAGAUGAUACACUUCUUAGGGAUUUGAUUACCCUAAGAGGUGUUUCCACUAGAAGGGAAAACGUUGAAACACCCAUUGAAGAGGGUGAAGGCUCAGUUGAGCUGGUACUGAACCGUUUGCUACAGAGUGCCUUAAGGGCUACGAUUGCUACUUUUUCGCAACUGGUACCGCAACCAAUACCACAACCAGUAGUUCAAGUUGAGGAGACGCCAUCACAAAAAUGUCUCAAGUUGAUUUCAGGGUUUUCUAAGUUGAUGCCGAUGAUGUUUGAGGGAGGUGCAGAUCUAAUGGUAGUAGACGACUACAUAGAUCAAGUAGAAACUCAUUUGACUUUUAUGGAUGUGACGGAUGAUUAUGUGAAAAUCGUCCUAGCCACUUACAAGUUUUCUAAGGAUGCCAAGCUUUGGUGGAAGUCAUUCACCAACCAGUACAAAGUGGAGGAGAUGAGUUGGGAGAAGUUUAAAGAGCUGUUCUACGAGAAGUAUUUUCUGGUCACCAAGAGAUGGGAGCUAAGGGACCAGUUUAAUGGCCUUAUCCAAGGCAAUAUGUCAAUGAUGGAGUACGAGAACAAAUUCACCUCACUCUCUCGCUUUGCUCCAGAGAUGGUGAGCAAUGAAGUUGACAAGACUUGGAAGUUUAUUUCCGGUCUCGAUUACAAAAUAAGGCUGUUGAUAACGGCACAGUACAUGAAAGUUUAUUCGAAGGCAGUGGAAAGAGCACUACUACUAGAAGCGGAAGCCAAGGACAGCAAUGCUGGGAAGGAGCUGUAA